GCGUAAACAAGUCGUGUCGCUUAUUGGUCACUUUUCUUCCGUGCAAACUCGCCGUGACGAUGCAACGAGCUCGGAUUCGUACCGCUUAUGGCGCAGGCGCCACUAAUGCAGUGCACGUCUGUGUGCACCGCUGGUGUGCACGGCGGUUCUUCGUCGAUUUAGAGAAAGAAAGAGAAUAAAAAAGGGAAAGAGAGAGAACAAUAAAAAAAAAUAAAGAAAGAACAGAGAAAAAAAAGCGUGGAACAAAAAAAAUAAGAAAUAAACGGAUUCACGGAACGAAGAGAAGAAGUCGUGUGUGUUAGUUCCCACGAGUAAGGUGUAUUUUUAAAGUGGUACGGCAAGAUUAUGUAGUGUCCGGUGUCGGUGAAUAAUCGGAAGUUAGAAGGAAGGAAGAGGGAGGUGCGGGAGGGGGUCAGGCUUUCUUAGCGGCAAGGAGAAACAUCAACGCAAGGAAAUGAAGAUGAGUUUCUCUUUAACCUCACUUCAGCCUUCUAGCAAUAGUCUAGAAAGGCGGAAGCAAGUGAGUGUGCCCUUAGAAAGACCGUACAACAGUCUUACCAAAAAAAGAAAAGAUCCCAAACAAAUGCAGUGUCAAAGAAUGUGGACUAACAGAGAAGAUAGUAAAGAUGACUUUUGGGCUGCGAUACGCUCUAAUUAUGAUUAUAUUAUGGAUACUAAUUUAAUUGAUAGUUGUAAGGAAGCGAAUGGUGAAUUAACUUGGGAUGAGACAGAUGUAUCCACUCAGUCUUGGAGUUUGAAGGAAGUUAGUUGCCAAUUUUCAGAACUCUAUUCGUGGUUAAGAGUUCUUCAAGAGUUAGUUUAUUCUAAAGAAGAAAAUCUUUUGAACAAAAGUCUACGCGCGGCUCACAUGGCGGAGUUGCGACGUAAGGCAUACAGAAGAAAAUUGUUCAACGAACAAGCAGAAAAAUUAGUAUCAUGCACCCCUGCAUUAAAAGAUGAAGUGGCGUGGCGUGUUAAUCACUUGAACGCAAAGUGGGAAUUAGUUGAACAAAUUAUGGCACCUGUAGAACGUACUGUCUCUGACGAACAGGAUGUAUCUGCAGACUUCGAACAUGAAGUUAAAUGCUUAAGAAAGUGGUUACGAGAAAUGGAAUCGCGUCUGAAACCUUUGAGUCUUCACGUAGAUUGGACAUUAGCAGAAUUAGAAGAAAAAGCAAUGGAGCAUAUGAUACUUCAACGAGACAUAGAGGCACACGGGCGUAUCGUAUCUUCUGUCGUGAAAUUGAGCGAGAUAGUUUUCAAACAACAAAAACAACAACAGUCAUCCCAGUCAUUGAGAAUUGCAAGAUCGCUCGAGCGUCGCUGGCAUCUUCUUUUUUUACGAGCACUCGAAUGGCAGUGUCAUAUAGAAACUUUGGUAUCCCGAGCCAGCAACAAGAGUGGUGUUUCUUGCCAAUGCAGUAGCGAGAGCGAUGAGGAGCCGGUCACGAAACAACCUCGGUUGAGUCGUAGCAGACAAUCUUGUGGCUCCGGAAGAGAAUCUCCUACCUCUACUACUACUACUACUACACCGACAACUACGAACACUAACAGCAAUACUACUACUACUAAUACUAAUACGAAUACGAAUACUACUACUACUACUAUUGCCAAGUAUCUUCGUUCGAAGCAAACAAAGCGUCUUAGGUCUCGAGUACGGAAAGAUUCGAACGGUACGAACAGUUCGAGAAACGAUUUUUCAGACAGCGAUGCUUCAUCUGAGAAUCGAUCAAUCGAUGAAGAAGGAUCUUAUUUCGAGGACGAAUUAUGUCAAUUCUGUGUGAUGGAUGCUAGAUACGAGGAAGCUGAAAAUUGUUCUAAUAGAAUAUCAUCGCACAUUAAUACUAGUCUAACGAUAGAAACGGGUGAUCAGGGUGAAGAGGCUGACGUAGAAGAAGAAGAAAAAGACGACGACAUGCCACCGACACCUAAUACCGUACCGAUGACGUCGUCAAAGACGACUAUAGUACGAAAUCAGCAGCAGACGGUUGAACAGACGAAAGAAGAAUCAUCCGUAUCGUCUAAGGAAACUUUGAAGAGGCGUCGUUCACCGACUCCGUCGACAAGUGUAUUGCCAGUUGAAGAAACUGCAUCGUUUAACACGUCCGACAGAAAGUCUAAGAAUUGCGCCAUAUUUUACUUCAAACAUUUGGACACGGAUUCCGAGGUAGAUUGUUGUCAGGCAAACGAAGAAUCCACAAACAUGGUGGAUGAUUCUUCCGAGGAGGAAUGGACUUACACGUCAUCUCGUGCUAAUAAUUAUGUUUCUACCGAAGAAAGGAAGACCAACGUGGUCGUUCGAUUGGAUUUCAACGAGACCCCGCGAGUCAGUGUGACGGAAAAUGUUAGAUUCGUUGAGAAUGAUGAUAGGAGGAGGAGGAUGGCUGAUGUCAAAGAGAAUGAGGAGGAGGUUGAUAAAGAACGAAUAUGUAAUAGACUGAUGAAGAAUGUCGAGCACGAUGAACAGGAAGAGGAAGAGGAGGAAGAGGAGGAGGAGGAAGAAGAGGAAGAAGAGGUGGAGGAAGAGGAAGAAGAGGAGGAGGAGGAGGGUUCUGCAAUAGUAACAGCAGAAACGAUAACGGAUGCUCCGGAAAAGGAUAGCGAUGACGAUGCGAAGAGCGACAAAGUGAGCAUAGGAAGGCUGAUAAAGGAAGUUGAAAAAUUAGUUAGGGAGGAGAGACAAUCUAAUUUUCCCCGUACGUUUCCACCUUUAAUAUUUGAGGAAAAAAAGGGAACCGCGAUGAAUCAUCGUGCCAAAUAUGCUCGUAUUAAGGAAUGGCUUAGAAUGAACUCGUCUACAAGGGGUCACGAUGUUGCGAGAAACGGUGGUGGAUUGUUGCAGUCCCUAGAUAGCUGUGACGCGAGUGGGGAAUACACGACAGAGGAAUCCGAUGGGGAGAGGCAAUCAGUCUCGUCAGAAGAUCUUCAGAGUAGUGUCGCGACCUAUCGUCGCUUUGAAAGCGGUGCUCUAGGCUGUGCACAAUCCCAGUCAAUGUCGCAAGAAAUAAUAGAAGAUUUAGAUAAAACACCGGUUAAUGAAAAUCGUCCGGUUAUGAUGUUGGAUAGCGGUGGUAGUAGUAGCACGUCCAAAGUUGUUAUGCGUUCCAGACAGAAAACCAACGGUUCUAGACCUUGGAGCGUUUCUUGCAUAUCGCAGAUAGCUUCGAGCUCCGCUUUGAAUCAGGUCAACGAUUCUAUCUCACAAUUCUCGAUCUCGCAAUCUGAGACAGCACUGCAUCAACUUGUAGUCUCGCCUCCAACCAAAUCUAUUUCCUUGGAUGCCGCUGGUUCGCCUAAGUCAUUUAAUAAUUCAACUUGUACGUUGUUGGAGGAAUCGAUCAUUUGUCAAGAUGGUCGUACAGCGAGAAAUAGUUCCUUACGUAGGAAGAAAAGUAGAUUGAGGAAGAAACACUUGGGUCGGAAAAGUGGUUCUAGUUCCGAAUGCGUUAGCGGAAAUCAUCAUUCGGCAGGAAGCGAUGGUAGUUUAAAUCAACAAAGAUCACCUCGCAAAACUAACGCCAAUCGUGUUGUUAAUGGCGUAUUGCGUGCUGCAGUUGUUCCGAGAGAAUGUUACGGGCACUCGACUAGUACUACUCUCGUCAAAUCUGGUUCAUUCUCAGGAUGUACAGUUCAUCAACAGUUAAAUACAGAAACAACGACGUUGGCUGUGGGCAGCAGUGAUCCAUCCUCUUCUUUGAUACUUGCCACAAUGCCUUGCUGUCGUGACUUCGUAGCAUCGAAUGACGCGGAAGAUGAUCAACGCAGUAGUUGCAUCAAAGGUUGUUCCACUUACGAAGACAGUUUAUUAGACACCGUGCUAAAUAGCAAAGAACUUUGCAAUCGUCAAUCAAACGUAGACAGCGAUAUAGAAAUGAAUAGUCUCGGUAAUAAUUCUUUCUCCGAGCAAGCUUGGGAUAAUUAUCAGGAAAAGUAUAUGAGCGAAACGUACAGCGAAGCACCGGACGUUGAAACGGCAAGAAGAUUGUUGGAAUUUGGCGAUGAUUAUAGAAAUUUCCUCGACAGCCAAUCGGAUUGCGCAUCCAGUAGCAUGAGCGCCCUUCCUGGUAGUUCUGCAGUCAUGCCCCGAAAUCGCAUGCGCCAUGAAGUAACAACGGACACUACGGAAGACAGUGACAGCGAUAUCGAGGACAUUAGAAAUGUCCUUGACAAAUCACAAUCGCAAUGCGUCCUAGCCGAAAAUCUUUUCGUAAGAUCUAAUGGAACCCUUCCGCAAGAUUGUGUCGAAGUGGAAAGUGCGUGCAGGGAUAACUUGAGAUGCCUGAACACGUUGCUAGAAUCGAUUAGUGGAUCAUUCAGGACUGAAAAAUAUACGAAGCAAGUUCGUGGUGCAAUAGAAAGAUGGGAAUCGUUAGCUUCCCGGGUGGAGGAAAGUCGAAUGGCGAGUUCACUUCAUAAGGAAUUAUCAGCUAUGUUGUUGGAAUUUAAAGCAUCUCACGACAGGCUAAUGGCUUACGAGAUCGUAUUGAAACAACCUCACGUUCUCGACGAUCAAAUUAAUCGAAUUACGGCCGAAUUGAUUUCACUAAGGGAACGGAAAGCUGCUAUGCUCGCGUUAAAUGUUUCCGCACAUCGAUUGAUUACCGAUUUGGGUGCUUCAACGUCUUUGAUUUUUACCGCAUUGAAAGACGGCGUUGCUGAUCUCUACAGAGUUUGGGAUGAGACCUUUCAAAGAGGAAAUCAACGAUUGUGUGCUCUUCAAACGGUUCAACAGUUCAACGUACGCCUUUCGGAACUUCAGUGUGAUUUGCGCAGAGACAAGGAUACAUUAGCAGUAUUGGAUGUUGCAUUGCAAGCUGGUGCUACUUCGGAAGUUGCAUCUUCCGUACGUCACGUGGCACGCCUUUUGUCGGAGAAACAAGAAGUAGUUCAUUCUCAGAAUGAUACUGUGAUAAUGAACGAUGCUACGAUCGUUGAAGUAACCGGUUGUCCAUUGGCAAAGUUCACUGAUCAACAAUCAACUACUCUGUUGAGUCAAGAAGGUGGUUCAUUAUCGGACAGUGGAAUAUCCGAUAGUGGUAGCGAACAGGAACUUAGCGAACGGGAAAGAAGAUUGGCUGCGCUUCGCCGUUUAACACGUAGCUUGGAAAAUCAAUUGGAUCCAGGUAGCGAAGCAUUGGCCGAACUUUGGAAAAGGGUCGAGGACGCUGAACGCGAGUUACGCGAUCUGCAAAAACAGUGUCGCGAAUUGAUCGUUCGUACUGCAGCCAGCGUUGAAAGUCGUACCGUUAAAAGGAUGAUGGUGGUUGGUCAACAACAUCAUUAUCGUAACGACAAACGGAAAAAGGCAUCAUCCGCUAACGGUGAGAAGAACAUUGACGACGAGGAAGAUGACGAUGAUUCGAUUAAAGAUCAAUCAGAAAUGGAAUCCGCUUAUCAUCAUCAUCAUCAUCACAUUGGUGGUUGUGGUAGUAGCAGUGGUGGUGGUGGUGGUGGUGGUGGUGUUAUCGGAGCUGGUGGAUGUAGGACCAAAUCCGAGGACAUUGGUGAUCCGGAAAAUGAACCGGACAUACCUCACAGUUGGAUAUGGCGUAUACUGAGGGCUGCCUUGCCCUUUCAGUUGGCUCUAGUCGCUUUAUUCUGUGCCGCUUGUCUUCUCGAACCACAUUGCUGCGAAGCUGCUAACACCCUCAAUCUUUCAUUGACACCGCAGCUUCGUUACGUCAGAGGACCCCCACCAGUGUAAAUAAAAAAAAAAAAACAAAAAAAUGGUUCCUGCCCAUUUCGAUUAUUCGGCAGAUUCCGUUACUGCACAGAUUAUUAUGUUUACGUUUGAUCGCGUAUGUAUGCGUGUAGGAUGUAUGGAUGUAUGUAUGUAUGUUUAUGCAUUUUUCUACGAGUCACAUGAUGUUUGCUCGAUGACACUGCCUGCCCCCUCAAUCGUUCGUAACUCUAUCGACAGCUGAUGAUUAUUUUCUUUUCUAGUUUACGCACGUACUCUCUUCGCUAUUUAUUUUUUGUUUUGUUAAUAUAUAUGCAUUUUAUAUAUGUCCGUUGUUUCAUUUGUACCGUGUGUGUUUGUCUUUUCACUGCCAAUCGUUCGGAAUAUUUUCAUUACGCUCAAAUUAAAUUAAAAUUACGCGAAGCAGAUGACAACUGGAAAAGAAGGGUUGUAUUUGUUACAAAAAACGAACAAAUGAUUUACAAAUUUUAUUUUUUUUUUUAUUCGUUCAAAUAAAAUUCUUUCGAGUUACGACGAUCGAGCACCACAUGUGU